CCGCUGCGGCCGCCUGCAAGCCGGCAGCCAGCAAAGCGCCCGGGCGCCGCCGAGGGGACCCGCCGUAGCCUCUGCGCCAUCCGAGCCGGGAGGUACCGGCCUCGCUCGGCGUCCGCAUCCUCGUCCCUCCCGGCCUCGUUCCCGCGGCUCUGUGCCGGGGCGGCAGGUCGUCCGGGUGCAAGGCGGCGGCGGGCGCGGGGCACGGCGAGCCAGGAAGUGGGCGCGGGCCGCUGCGUAGCGCCUCGCGGGCCCGAGGACGCCUAGCUCUCGGCGACACCGAGCCUCCCGCCUAGGCGCCAAGAAAAGUUUUUCCCCCUUCCCCGCCCCUCCCCCACCCCAGCCUGUGCCCCCCAGGGUGGGUUUGGGUUCAUUGGUGAAGAAAGUCACACGUUCCUAUCAGCUGCUCCUCCCCCUGGGGACCGGGUGGGGGUGGCGGGAGGCCGGCGCCGCUGCGGACCCUGGCCGACCUCCAGCCCCGUCGCCGCCACCGCCGCCGCCGCCGCCGCCCGUGGAGCUGGCUUCCCGGGGCUCGGCGCAGCGGGGUGCCCACGAAGGCGGCCCCCUUGAGCGCGUCUGCGCGCGGCCAGCGGCUGUCUCCAACCUGCUUUCUCCUGCCUGCAGCGCCACGGCGAGCGAGAGUGGAGGGGAGAGGGAGUCUUGUCUGCAAAGUGCUGCUCCCUGGUGCUCAGAGGCGGCUGCUCCAGCUCCAACUCUCAUUCAUUUCUCCGGUUAACAUGAGAGAUCAUGGCCGCCUUCGGGCUUCUCAGUUAUGAACAGAGACCGCUGAAGCGCCCGCGCCUCGGGCCGCCCGAUGUCUACCCGCAGGACCCCAAGCAGAAGGAGGAUGAACUUACCGCUGUGAAUGUAAAGCAGGGUUUCAACAAUCAGCCAGCCUUCACUGGAGACGAACAUGGCUCUGCCAGAAACAUUGUAAUCAACCCAUCAAAGAUCGGCGCGUAUUUCAGCAGCAUAUUGGCUGAGAAACUAAAGCUUAACACUUUCCAGGACACCGGAAAGAAGAAGCCCCAAGUUAAUGCUAAAGAUAAUUAUUGGCUGGUUACUGCUCGAUCUCAGAGUGCAAUUCAUAGUUGGUUCUCUGACUUAGCAGGAAAUAAACCACUUGCUAUUUUGGCAAAAAAGGAGCUGCCCCUGGCCAAGUCAGGUGUCCCUCAGGUCCCCAUCCUAAGUAAAAAAGAGGACGUUUUUGCAUAUUUAGCUAAGUAUUCUGUGCCAAUGGUUCGAGCAACAUGGCUGAUCAAGAUGACUUGUGCCUAUUAUUCUGCUAUUUCUGAAGCUAAAAUUAAGAAACGCCAGGCUCCGGAUCCCAAUUUGGAGUGGACACAGAUAUCUACCAGGUACCUUAGAGAGCAGUUGGUCAAGAUCUCAGACUUUUACCACAUGGCCUCCAGUACAGGUGAUGGUCCUGUCCCUGUGCCACCAGAGGUGGAGCAAGCCAUGAAGCAGUGGGAGUACAAUGAGAAGCUGGCAUUUCACAUGUUCCAGGAAGGAAUGUUGGAAAAGCACGAGUAUUUGACAUGGAUCCUGGACGUCUUAGAAAAGAUCAGACCAGUGGACGACAACCUUCUCAAGCUCCUUUUGCCCCUGAUGCUGCAGUAUUCAGACGAGUUUGUUCAGUCAGCCUACCUGUCUCGUCGGCUAGCAUACUUUUGUGCCCGGCGUCUUUCCUUGCUACUGAGUGAUAGCCCCAACCUCCUUGCUGCUCACUCACCCCACAUGAUAAUCGGAGCAAACAACACGAGCAUCGGAACCCCCAGUCCUGGCACCCCUGGCCCUGGUAUGAGCCCCAUGCAACUGGCCUUCUCGGAUUUCCUUUCCUGUGCACAGCAUGGCCCCUUGGUUUAUGGACUUAGUUGUAUGUUGCAGACUGUCACUCUGUGUUGCCCAAGUGCCUUGGUGUGGAAUUAUUCCACAAAUGAGAACAAGAUCGCAAACCCAGGCUCUCCCCUGGAUCUGCUGCAGGUUGCCCCUUCCAGCCUCCCCAUGCCGGGUGGGAAUACGGCUUUCAAUCAGCAGGUCCGGGCAAGGAUUUAUGAGGUGGAACAGCAAAUAAAACAGAGAGGCCGUGCGGUAGAAGUUCGGUGGUCUUUUGACAAGUGUCAAGAGUCGACAGCAGGGGUGACUAUUAGUCGGGUUUUGCACACACUGGAAGUCUUGGAUCGUCAUUGUUUUGACCGAACUGAUUCCAGCAAUUCAAUGGAGACGCUUUAUCAUAAAAUUUUCUGGGCAAACCAAAACAAAGAUCACCAAGAGGUUGCCCCCAAUGAUGAAGCUGUGGUGACAUUGUUAUGUGAAUGGGCCGUGAGCUGCAAACGAUCUGGCAAGCACAGGGCCAUGGCUGUGGCGAAACUCUUGGAGAAAAGGCAAGCAGAGAUUGAGGCAGAGAGAUGUGGCGAAUCAGAAGUCCUAGAUGAGAAAGAGUCUAUUUCUUCAGCCUCUCUUACUGGAUCUAGUUUGCCUGUUUUCCAGAACGUUUUGCUAAGAUUUUUAGAUACACAGGCUCCAUCACUGUCGGACCCAAACAGUGAAUGCGAGAAGGUGGAAUUUGUGAACUUGGUGCUGCUCUUCUGCGAGUUUAUCCGCCACGACGUCUUCUCCCAUGAUGCGUACAUGUGCACCCUCAUCUCCAGAGGAGAUUUGUCAGUCACUGCCUCUGCUGGGCUGCGGUCGCCAGCAGGAGAGAAUGCAGAUGAACACUAUUCUAAGGACCACGAUAUGAAGAUGGAGGAACACAGUCUUAUGGCGCACAUGGGCCUUGGCUCAGGAACCACUAACAUUUUUGAUGACGUAGACAAGAGUGACUUUAAAAGUGACUUUGGUUCUGAGUUUCCAAUUUUUUCUCCCAUGCCUGGAGAAUCCUGUGAGAAUGCCAACCCUUCCCUGAGCAGAAGAAUGUCACUUAAUGGUGAGAAAUUGCUAAAGAGAGAAAAACCAAGGGAAUUAAUUUUUCCAUCAAAUUAUGACCUCCUCCGUCAUCUUCAGUACGCAACCCACUUUCCUAUACCUCUGGACGAAUCUUCAAGUCAUGAAUGUAACCAGCGCACAAUCCUUCUCUAUGGAGUCGGAAAAGAGCGUGACGAAGCCAGGCAUCAGCUGAAGAAGAUUACCAAAGAUAUCCUGAAAAUCCUAAACAAGAAGAGCACCACGGAAUCAGGGGUUGGGGAUGAAGGACAGAAAGCCAGGAAGAACAAGCAGGAAGUUUUUCCAACCCCGGAAACUGUGUUCACGAAACUCCAGCUCCUGUCAUACUUUGAUCAGCAUCAAGUGACAUCUCAGAUCUCUAACAAUGUGCUGGAGCAAAUCACAAGCUUUGCGUCUGGAACGUCCUAUCACCUCCCUUUGGCUCACCAUAUUCAACUCAUCUUUGAUCUCAUGGAACCAGCGCUGAACAUCAAUGGACUCAUUGACUUCGCAAUACAGUUACUGAAUGAACUGAGUGUGGUGGAAGCUGAGCUGCUCCUGAAGUCUUCUAGCCUGGCAGGAAGUUACACUACAGGACUGUGUGUCUGCAUCGUGGCUGUUCUCAGGCGCUAUCAUAGUUGCCUGAUCCUGAAUCCUGAUCAGACAGCCCAGGUGUUUGAAGGGUUAUGUGGCGUGGUGAAGCAUGUUGUCAACCCCUCAGAAUGCUCUUCCCCUGAAAGAUGUAUCCUGGCCUAUCUCUAUGACCUCUAUGUGUCAUGCAGCCACCUCAGAAGUAAAUUUGGAGACCUUUUCAGUAGUGCCUGUUCAAAAGUAAAGCAGACCAUAUAUAAUAACGUAAUGCCUGCAAAUUCCAACUUACGCUGGGAUCCAGACUUCAUGAUGGAUUUUAUUGAGAAUCCCUCAGCAAGAAGCAUCAACUACUCAAUGCUGGGCAAGAUCCUCAGUGACAAUGCUGCCAAUCGGUACAGCUUUGUCUGCAACACACUCAUGAAUGUGUGCAUGGGACACCAGGAUGCCGGCCGGAUAAAUGACAUAGCCAAUUUCUCCUCUGAGUUAACUGCUUGCUGUACAGUUCUUAGUUCCGAGUGGCUGGGGGUUCUGAAGGCUCUUUGUUGUUCUUCAAAUCAUGUGUGGGGAUUUAAUGAUGUACUCUGCACUGUAGAUGUGAGUGACCUUUCAUUCCAUGAUUCAUUAGCUACUUUCAUUGCUAUCCUGAUAGCACGACAGUGUUUCUCCCUGGAGGACGUCGUGCAACACGUCGCACUCCCCUCUCUGCUAGCGGCAGCUUGUGGAGAUGCGGAUGCAGAGCCCGGGGCAAGAAUGACAUGCCGCCUCCUGCUUCAUCUCUUCCGAGCUCCCCAGGCCUGCUUUUUCCCUCAAGCAACAGGCAAACCUUUCCCUGGAAUAAGAUCAUCUUGUGAUAGACACCUCUUAGCUGCAGCUCACAACAGCAUAGAAGUGGGAGCCGUUUUUGCUGUCUUAAAGGCAAUUAUGAUGCUUGGAGAUGCCAAAAUUGGCAGUAAUAAUGUCAACACUUUAAAGAAUGAUGAGUUCAGCAUGAGGGGUUUAAGACGCGAUGGGAAUGCUGAAGAUGCCUGGGCCACCUCGCAGAAUUCAAAAGCCUAUGGGAAAAGUAUUUCUAUAGAAACUGCCAAUCUGAGAGAAUAUGCUAGAUAUGUACUGAGGACUAUCUGCCAACAGGAAUGGGUAGGAGAACAUUGCUUAAAGGAGCCAGAACGAUUAUGUACAGACAAAGAACUUAUUUUGGACCCUGUGCUUUCAAACAUGCAAGCACAGAAAUUACUGCAGCUGAUCUGUUACCCUCAUGGUAUUAAAGAGUGUACAGAGGGGGACAACCUGCAGAGACAGCACAUUAAGCGCAUUCUUCAGAAUCUUGAGCAGUGGACAUUGAGACAAUCCUGGUUAGAGCUUCAGUUAAUGAUCAAACAGUGCUUGAAGGACCCUAGCUCUGGCUCUGUGGCUGAAAUGAACAACUUACUGGACAACAUCGCAAAGGCAACAAUAGAAGUGUUCCAGCAGUCUGCAGACCUAAAUAAUAAUGCCCCCAGUUCUGGCAUAAGCCUCUUCAACCCAAAUGGGAUUGGAAGUGCUGAUUCGAAUAGCACAAGACAGAAUGGAAUAAAGACAUUUUUAAGUUCCUCUGAACGCAGGGGUGUGUGGCUGGUGGCCCCCCUCAUCGCCAGGCUGCCAACCUCUGUGCAGGGAAGAGUGUUGAAAGCUGCUGGGGAAGAGCUGGAGAAGGGGCAGCACCUGGGUUCUUCUUCAAAGAAGGAAAGAGAUAGGCAGAAGCAGAAAAGUAUGUCUCUUUUGAGUCAGCAGCCUUUCCUCUCCUUGGUCCUGACCUGCCUCAAGGGGCAAGAUGAACAACGGGAAGGCCUCCUAACAUCCCUGCAGAACCAAGUCAAUCAGAUUUUAAGUAACUGGCGGGAAGAAAGAUACCAAGAUGAUACGAAAGCCCGCCAGAUGAUGCACGAGGCUUUGCAACUCCGGCUGAAUCUUGUAGGAGGAAUGUUUGACACAGUACAGCGGAGCACCCAGGGGACCACUGACUGGGCUCUCCUACUCCUCCAGAUUAUUACUUCAGGAACUGUUGACAUGCACACUAACAAUGAAUUAUUCACAACGGUUCUUGACAUGCUGGGUGUUUUAAUCAAUGGGACAUUGGCUUCGGACCUAUCAAAUGCUUCCCCUGGGGGCUCUGAAGAGAACAAACGUGCAUACAUGAAUUUAGUAAAGAAACUGAAAAAAGAACUAGGCGACAAGCGGUCCGAAAGCAUUGACAAAGUCCGGCAGUUGCUGCCUUUGCCAAAGCAGACGUGCGAUGUCAUCACCUGUGAACCCAUGGGUUCUUUGAUUGAUACAAAGGGAAACAAAAUUGCUGGGUUUGAUUCCAUCGAUAAAAAACAGGGUCUCCAGGUCUCUACAAAGCAGAAGGUGUCCCCAUGGGACCUGUUUGAGGGUCAGAAGAACCCGGCUCCCCUGUCCUGGGCCUGGUUCGGCACUGUCCGUGUGGACCGGAAGGUGGUAAAGUAUGAGGAACAGCACCACUUCCUGCUGUACCACACACAUACCAUGCCUAAGCCCCGAAGCUACUACCUUGAGCCAUUGCCCCUACCUCCUGAGGAGGAAGAGGAAGAGCCCACAUCUCCAGUUUCUCAGGAACCAGAAAGGAAAUCAGCUGAACUGUCAGAUCAAGGAAAAACCACAGCUGACGAAGAGAAGAAGACAAAGGGAAGGAAGCGUAAGACAAAAUCAAGCUCCCGAGUUGAUGAGUAUCAACAGAGCAGCAUCUACCGAGUGCCUCCUAAUUACUCGCCCAUGUCCUCCCAAAUGAUGCAUCAUCCACAGCCUGCACUGUGGGGUUACAACCUGGUGAGCCAGCCCCAGCAGCCCAGCUUCUUCCUUCAGAAUCAGUCUCUGAAUCCAGGUGGCUCCAGGUUGGACCCUGCAGGCUCCUUUGUCCCAACCAAUACAAAGCAAGCUUUGUCCAACAUGCUGCAGAGGCGUUCAGGUGCCAUGCUGCAACCACCCUCCCUUCAUGCAAUUACAUCUCAGCAGCAGUUGCUACAGAUGAAACUUCUGCAGCAGCAACAGCAGCAGCAGCAGCAGCAGCAGCAGCAGCAACGGCUUCUCAGGCAGGCCCAGACUCGACCUUUCCAACAGGGCCAGCCAGGGGACCAGGCUGCUCUCUUUACUGCACAAGCACGGCCCUCCCCUCAGCUCCCUCAGUAUCCAGGGCUGCAGCAAGCACAGACCAUGCCCCAGGGCUACACAAUGUAUGGAACCCAGAUGCCUUUGCAACAGGCAGCUCAGCAGCAGUCUGGUGGUGUGGUCCUUUCCCCGAGCUACAACUCCAGGGCCUACCCAGCUGCACACUCCAGCCCAGCACUGAUGGAAAGACUCCGACAGCUUCAGCAGCAGCCCAGUGGCUACGCACAGCAGCAGGCCUCACCAUACCUGCAGCCGGUAGCUGGCUCUCAGAGACUGAACCACCAGGCUCUACAGCAGAGCCCUCUGGUGGGCGGGGGAAUUGAUGCUGUGCUGACUCCCGCACAUCCCAACCUCCCCUCGGUGCCCCUGCCUCAGGACCCAAUGAGGCCCAGACAGCCGCAAGUUCGACAGCAGCAGAGACUCCUCCAGAUGCAGCAGCCCCAGCAGGCCCCCCAGCCCCAGCAGCCCUCACAGCCCCAGAGUCAGGCCCUUGGUCUCCAAGCAAUGCAGCCCCAGCAGCCUUUGUUCCCCAGGCAAGGCCUGCAGCAGACCCAGCAACAACAACAGACAGCCGCCCUGGUGCGACAGCUCCAGAAGCAGCUUUCUAGUAACCAGCCACAGCAAGGAGUGACUCCCUGUGCACAUCCUCCACACUUUUGAAUCUGAAAGAGAAGACGUGAAGUUUAUGUUUGCACUGAAAAACAGAAAAUCAGAUUUAUUAGUCAUCAUAAGAAGUCUCCUUUGGUCUUUGAGUUAUUUAUGUUUUCCCAUAUUUUGUGCUCCGUUUCAUGCAGAGGUAUUUAAAUAAGUAAAGAAGUUGUGGUUUGGUUUUAUCAUAUUCAAAAUAGGUUUGAAAAUGUGGAUCGUGCAGGCCUACUCCAGAUAGUGUGGUAGCAGACUUUUUGAAACUGGUGCUUUUUUAUCUCAUAUUUACAUAAAGAAUGAAUUACGGUAGGUUUAAAUAUUUAUGUAUUAAUUAAUGUUUUUUUUUUAACCUGUGGUGGACCAAACUACUGAUUUGAAAGAUACAGCAGUUCUCACGGGAGUAUGAUACACUCGCUUUUCAUUUAUUUGCAUCAUUCUAAUUUGAAAUGUUGAUCAUUUCAUAAGCACUUUAUAAACUUUGUUCACAUUUAUGAAGGACUUUGCUUUGCUUUUGUUGUGGUCCAAAGGUGCUGAAACAGAUUGUUGCUUAGUACUCCCGCUUCUUCAGGGCCUCUGCGCGAACCACCCUGAGAUGUUGAGAUGUGCAGGAGCCUCUGUGAAGUGGUUGCACUCCCCUUUGUUUCCAGUGGCAGGAGCUUUCACCAGAUUCUUCACGGAAGUACAACAUAGGCCUGCUGGAGGCCAGAAGAGCCACGGUGGAAUCGGUUCAUUAAUUUACUGCCGUUUUGGUAAAAAUAACUAUCCAGUUUUGGUUCUGCAGAACCUCAUGCCAACUUGAGAAAAAAAAACAAAAACAAAAAAACAAGUCUCACAGCUGGCCUUGGAUUCUACUGUGCUUAGACUUGACUUGGUGUCCAGAGACUCUGGCUGCCCAGUCCAGAAGGCUCUGGUAUUCAUCAAAGGUGUACUUACUGUUAAUUUUGUAUGGUAAGUAUUUGCUAUUUUGAAUUUAAUUAUUAAUGUUGGCGUCUGUCUUGUUGUGUAUUGCUUAUACUGUAUUUAUAAACUGGUGCAAAAAGCACAAGUAAAGUAAAUUAUACAUCAAAUUUAUUAUAAAGAAAUAGUAACUAUUUUCACUUUGUUCACGUAUGUGGUAAUUUGCACCUAUUAGAGUGAAAAAAAUACAGUAAAUUAUUAUCAGUUUGUGUAACUUAAGAGUAUUCCAUAUAAUAUUUUUUUAGAAUUAGAUGCAUAAAAUUUUGAAUGUGAAAAUUGCAGGGCAUUUUAAGACAUAUGUAGGGAUCUUCCCAUGUUCUUUGUUGGGUUCAUUUUCAUUUUCUUUUUGCCAUAUGAUUUCACAUGUCAUGUAGUCAAGCAUACUGUGAAUAGAUUGUCUAUGAAGAGCAAACCAUGUAGAACUACUUUUUAAAAAAUUGUAGCUAGUACAACUUUAGAUAAUUUCUUUUACAGACCAUUAUAUAAAUAGUUUAUAUCUUCCUAGGUGAGUUACUCAUUGCAAAGUUUGACUCAUUCAAAUGACCUCAAAUACAUGUUUGCUUACUUUGCCAUGGCAACAUCCAUGUGAACUGCUUUGUACACUGUGAAAUAUACCCCUCCAGCCUGCUUGUUUUGUGUUUACUCUGGGCUGGAAAAGACUUUGCCAAACAUUAAAGACCAUUCUUUCCACUCAGUGACGAUUCUAUCUGCGUUCAGACAAUGCAGUACAUUUUAGUGGUCGCACAUGUCAGCUUUGCUUCCUCUCCAGAGUCAUUCUCACAGUUCAAAAGCUAUUUAUUUUUCUUCAAAGUAAUCGACCACAUGACUGCAUUGGCAAAACCACCCAAGUGUGAAUGUUGUGCCUAGUAUAGGAGUCAUACCCUGUCCUUUCUGGUCUCUAAUCAAUGAUCAUUGAUAGUUAAAAUUCCAGUUUCAGUUUGAACCAUAUAUUUUUGUAGCUCAAUAUUGCAAACAAGCAGUAGGAGUGUUAUAAUUGCAUAGCAUUUGUAUGCACUUUACACUUUGCAGAAGUUAAUUUAUUAAUCAGUUUGCACAUGAAGGCGAUGGUUAUACCUUGGUUGCUAUUUGUUUUGUUUCUUAGGAUGAAGAAGAUAAGUCAUGCUUAGGCCCUCUAGUUAUGAGAUGCUUUGGGAGAUGAGGAAAAACAUAGAGCUGUUUUCCCCUGUGUGUUAAUUAUAAAGAAAGCAACUGGAAUUUUAAAUUUAGUUGUCAUAUUACUGCCACUUAAUUCGGCACUCUGAGAGGGCUUCCCCCCCCCCCAUAGUAAAUGCAUGUGGUUGGUAUUAAAAUGGUCAUAAGGGAAAAAACCCAGUUGCAAAACUUUGUCAUUUUUUUGGUGGGUUGUAGAUAGGAAUUUGUCUUAAGAUGGAAAGCCCAGCUCUUAUUAAAGAUUAGACCUUAUGAUAUAAUGGAAUUGAGUAUACUUACCAUAAUUCCUGGUUAUAUAUGUGUUAUAUUAUAGGCUGAUUACUUUUAGGGUUGCAUUUCUUGUUUUAUUUACCUUUCCUCAUCCAAAAAUAGAAGGUAGGUAUCAUUUGACCUCUGGCAGCCAUAGAGUACCAAUGUUAACAGCAAUCACGACAGAGGUAGGGGCCAAAAGAAAGUAGGCAUGAUGGAGACACUGUGGAGUUAGGUCUCAAAUGAUUGGCACAAACUAACAAAUGUCUUGGUUUCAGUCUUUUAUGCUAAUUGAAUAAGACCUGUGGCUUUUGUUUAUCAUUUAUAAUUUAUAAUUCAUAAAUAGAUGAAUAUUUGGACAGAAGCCAGAGAAAUUAUACUAAAAAAGAAAAUCUCAGACUUUACAAUAAAAGAGGUAAAUCUAUGAUACCCCCAUAUAUCUUUGGGUUGAAUUAAACCUGUAAUAUAAGUACAGUGAAUUAUAUAAAAAACAACAUUCAAAUUUUAAAUACAGUGAAACUUCACUAUCUAUAAGAGGUCUAGACUCUUGUAAAAGAGCGAUUCUUCCUUAGAAAAUGUUUCUUACAAAUGGCUCCAAACAAUGGGUGCCUUAACUAGGUUUGAAAGUUACAAAGAAGUUUCAUUGUACUUGUAAAGCCCUUUUCAGAGUGACAGAGGUGUGGACAACUGUGAAACUCCCUUUUCACAUUUCCUGAUGUGUGAGCAUUAGGCGGCUCUUUACAUGUAGAAAGCUUUUGUUUUGUUUAUUUGUUUUUUAAUGCGGGUAUGAAAACAAUGAGAAUUUUCAUUGUGAACAAAUGGUAAACUGAAUCAUAAGCAAAAACAGUUCAGUGCUUGUUUUCUGUAGGUUUGAUCAAACUGUUUAUAAACCUGUAACAAAAUAUUUGUACGUGGUGAUUUACAUAGACUGAAAAUUUAAUCUUUCCCAUUGUCUCCAUUCUGAGUGCAGAGUUUGUAACAUUGGUAGAAGACAGACACUAGGCAACUGAGAGAGACAGAAAGGUCUCUACUGAAAAUUCAGGUGCAUAGCCGUUCGUUAUUUUGUAGUGGACCAUUUUCUCUUAAUGUCUGUUAUUUGUUGGCAAAAUCAAAGUGCCUUAAGUUAAGAGUUCGCGUUGAAAUCCAUAGACACUUGGCAUCAGUUCAUAAUGCAUUUAUUUACAAGUCUCUUUUGCAUGUCCAUUGUAAAUUUAAUACUGUAAAUGUAUCCAAAUUCAUUUCCAUGCCUAUGGCUGCCUUUGAUUAAACUUCUUCCAAAAAACAACAACAACAAAAAACGAAAACAAUAAACCCUUCAGAUGUUGACUCUGUUCAAUAUUGGUUUUACUUCCUGUCAGAUGACUUGAAUGUAAGUUGUUGCAUAAUCAGUGCCAAGUAGGUUCAGGGCUGUGCAUUUGUACACUCCAGAAUCUGAGGUUUGGAGAUCCUGAAUGACCAAAGUGCCGUGUGGGGGAGGUGUCUUACUUCCAUGGGUUUUCCUUUCUCUUGCCUUUGAGAGAAGGGAGUGUCUUGGCCUCUCCCAGAUAAUCUGUGGCUUGGGAACUCCCAAGGCCAUACAGUGGAGCUGCACUGCUUCUCCUGUCCUCCUAAGUACACUCCUGGGUGGGUAAUUUAUAAUUCGGGGAGGGUAGGCCACAAUCAUCACUGGAACAGUAACCAUUGCAUGACCAACACUGUUUUGAGCCCUACAGAUAUAAUUUCCCCUGUCGUAAGCUGUUGUUUUUUUGAUAACCAAUGUGCCAUUUUCAUGCAGUAUGUAUUUUCCAUUAACGUGGGGUCUGUCGAUGACAUGACCACUUGGUGUAGUCCAUUUGACAUUUGGCUUGGGGAUUCCAUCAGACACACAGUGCAGUGAUAGAGAUUCUCCACUGACACUUUUUAUCAUCCCUGGUGCAUAUGUCAGAAUAACUGGCUUCUGUCCGAUUUCUAAUAGGAUGAGUUUCUCGAUAUAGCCAACUUUAUUUCUAGCUGCACAGCGAUACUUUCCUGACUUGUUCCGAGUUGUUUUAUAAAUGAUGAGAGAACCAUUGCUUGCUAUCAGAUAUGGAGAAUGUUGUGGUCUGUUAGAAAGCCGUGUGCCAUCAGGUAAAAUCCAGAUGAUUUCAGGUGGUGGGUUCCCAUCAACAGAGCAGUUCAGUGCUAUGGACUUGCCGACCUGAGCAAUUACUUUUUCAUUAAAUGGAUUUCUGAAUGUUGGUCUUCUCAGCAUUUCCAGUACUUCUAAUUGUACCACCAACAUACUCUCUCCCCCUUCAUUCCGAGCCACACAGAUAAAAUCUGCUGAAUCAGAAAGCCUGAUGUUCCUAAUCUCCAAGGUUCCAUUCUUAUGGACUGUGAUUCUGCUUCCAUAGUAUGGAGCUGUGAGGGAAAUAUUAUCUGGCAUAAUCCACAUGAUCUGGGGAGCUGGGAUCCCAUCUGCUCUGCAUUCAAAGUGUUUUUUGGCGUGCCGAACAGCUGUGGCUUUAAUAACAGUUCUGUUUGUGUACAGACCAUUGAUUAAUGGAGAUUUAGCAACAAUGUCUAGUUUGUACAUUUUAGAGUCAUCCCCACUAGGAUUCCGAGCUACACACACAUACUCCCCAGAGUCCAGCACUUUCACUUUAUUAAUGGACAAAGUUCCAUUGGCAUGAAAUAUGUACCUGUCAUUGGAGAAUGAAAUGACAUCAUUGGAAGGCAGCAACCAAAAUAUACUUGGCGUGGGUUCCCCAGUGACUUCACAGUCAAGGACAGCUGUGUCUCCAACCUUGAUCUUCAUGUUGGUCUUAUCACCUUGCCUUAUCCGUGGGAUGGCUGUUACAACGGUUAGGUGGACUUUCAUUUCAUCUUUCCCUAAGGUGUUCUGGGCGUAGCAAAUAUAAUCUCCUUCCUCUGCAAUUCCAACUUUGUUGAAAUACAAGGUUCCAUUGUGGAAGAGGGUGUACCUUUUGGUCCUGUGGCCACUAUCAUCAGCUUGCAUGGCAUUGUUGAUCAUUGUUCCAUCAGGCAAACUCCAGGAUACCUCAGGCACAGGGGAGCCAGAAGCCUUGCAGUCAACUUGGAAAUCUUUCCCAUGGAGCACUUGCUUCUUAAAGUGCUGCUUGUGUUCAAUUUUGGCAGGUGUCAAUCUUAGGCGGACAUGCAUCAGGACCAGAUCGUCUCCCAUUUUGUUCCUUGCCACACACAAGUAGUCACCACCAUCUUUUUCUGUCACUGGUCUGAUAACUAAGGACCCAUUGGGAUAAACAUGGAUGCGGCUGCCCAUUCUAAGAAGAAAAGAGACAAAUGUGAAAGUGUAGCUGCUUGCAGUGGGAAAAGUUACCCUUUUCAAAGACUAAACAUGGAGCUGAGGAGAUGGCUCAGUUAGUGAUCUGCCUGUUGCACAAUAGUAAGACCUGGAAUGGGAUCUCCAGUGGCCAUUUAAAAGGUAGCUAUGGCAGUGUGCAUCUGUAACCCCAGCUCUAGGAGCCUGGAGACGAUGGAUCCCUGGAGCACGCGAGAUAGCUAGUGUAGCUGAAUAGAUGAGCUCUAUUCAGCGUCCAUAGGAAGUGACUGCAGAAGACACCUGCUGUGUAGUUACCUCUGCACCACACACACACACACACACCAACAUGAACACGGACAUACCUUGCACAAACACAUGCAAAGACUAAAUAUCUGAUACCAAUUUAUACACAUUACAGAAUACUGUACUAUGUAGAAAUGACCUUAUUUGUAUGAUG